GAGUGAGCCCUUGCCAGGUGCCCCAGUGGGCGCGAGGCCAAGCACCGCCGAAGAUCGUUUCAGGCCCCGGCUUCCGCAGAUGCGUCAACAGGUCCCAAGCGAUGGUCUUUAUGCGCCCGUCACCGCUCCACGCACAACCGCAGAACAUCUCCCGCUGCCCGCUCCAGCGCCAGGGCCAUGUCUCUUGUCUCUGGGCCUGGUCGAGGCAUGGCCUCCCUGCCCGCCGAGACACGCCUCGUCGUGGACAAGCACGUCCGCUAUAUCCAGAGCCUCGAUACCCGUAAAGACGAGCUCGAGUACUGGCUCACCGAGCAUCUCAGGCUGAACGGCCUGUACUGGGGCAUGACCGCCCUGCAUCUGCUCGGCCAUCCUGACGCGCUGCCCCGUGAAGGCAUCCUCAAAUUCGUCUUCUCCUGUCUGCACGAGAGCGGUGGCUUUGGUGCUGCACCGGGCCACGAUGCACACAUGCUCUACACUUGCAGUGCCGUCCAGAUCAUCGCGACCCUCGAUGCCUUCGAUGAGCUGGAAGCUCACAUGGAGGACGGCCGCCGCAAGAUCGGCCAGUGGAUCGCCUCUCUCCAGGACACGGCGACCGGCACCUUUGCAGGCGAUGAAUGGGGAGAGAAAGACACGAGGUUUCUAUUCAAUGCUUUCUUAUCCUUGUCUCUCAUGGGACUGCUCGAUCUCGUCAACGUCGACAAAGCAGUCCAGCACGUUAACUCAUGUGUCAACUUUGACGGCGCAUACGGGACAAGCCCGGGCGCUGAGUCACAUUCUGGCCAGGUCUACACUUGCGUGGGUGCGUUGACAAUCGCGGGCCGACUCGAUCUGGUCAAUCAAGAGAAAUUGGGGGCGUGGUUGAGCGAAAGACAGCUCAAGAACGGUGGGUUGAACGGGCGACCGGAGAAAACCGAGGAUGUAUGUUACAGCUGGUGGGUUAUGAGUAGUCUUGCUAUGAUCAACAAAUUGCAUUGGAUAGAUGGCGAGAAAUUGACAGCGUUCAUUCUCGGCUGUCAGGACCCCGACUUGGGAGGUCUGUCCGACAGACCUGGCGACAUGGUCGACGUGUUCCACACGCACUUCGGCAUAGCAGGACUCAGCCUGCUCAAGUAUCCUGGGCUCGCAGAGGUAGACCCGGUGUAUUGCAUGCCGCGAGAUGUUGUACAGCGAUGCCUACGUAAAUGAAUCGAGCCGAUGAUACCCUAGUCGAAGACGAGGAUUUGGUGAAGAUGAAGUGAGUGAAGGCGUAGAUUGGCAGUGUCAGUGAAUGGUGCAUGUGGGUUGAGACCGGCCCUCAAGGCGUCCUUCGCUGCACCGGAGCUGAACUUGUUUCGAUGCCAGCUUCGUGUAUUUCCCCUCGUACAUUGGCAGAGAUACUCGUCCUCUUACUACGAUCUCUAUCCCGCAGAGCUGGAUUUGGUGUCCAGCGCACUGGCGGUUGCCGUUCUUACUAGUUCUCCCACGUGGCACAGGCUAGAAAACGGCAUCCACCUUC